AUGAUACUCGAGGCAAACGCUGUGAUGGAAAAGACUAAUCUUGACGGUGCUCAAGAGCUUCCACCUCAGACAUUCUCUCACGCACCAAACACUGGCGAGAAGAGAAAGAGGGAAGGGUUGGUGAGAAAAGAAGGAGAAGCUGGAAACAGCAGCGAGAAUGAAGAAGUUAUUUUAGUUGGUGACACUAAAGUUAUAAAAGCAUUUGGUAUUGAUGGAGGAGAGCAGUCUCAGAGGUCUGUGUUUAGCAAGCGACAAGCUUUUGAUGCACAAAUCAACAGAAAUCGCAAAGGGUCUCUGGUAAAGGAAGAAGCAAGAGAAGAACCAGAGAGAGCAAAACAAGACUCAACUUUUAAUGACUUUGAUAAGCUGAGGGAAGGAAGCAGUUUUGCAGUUGGUCAGACGUGGGCUCUUUAUGAUACUGAUGGGAUGCCUAGAUUGUACGCUCACAUCACAAAAGUUUCAGCUCCAGGUUUCGAGCUUAGUGUCACAUGGCUUGAGCCUGAUCCAGAUGUUAAGGAAGAAAUACAGAGGUAUGAUGAAGAUUUGCCUGUUUCUGUUGGUAGGUUCAAACUCGGGAAAACGGAGGAUAUAAAAGAUCAGAGAAGGUUCUCUCAUGUGGUUCAUUGCAAUGAAGGAAGUAGCGCAGGUACAUUCAGUGUGUACCCAAGAAAAGGAGAGACGUGGGCUAUUGUCAAGGGUCGCUACAAGAGUAUCUGCAGGUACCUUGACAUUGACUGGUCAGCUGAUCCCGAUUCUCACUGGAAAUAUAAUUAUGCAUUUGUCGAGAUCGUGUCAGAGUAUCCUGAUAGGUCGUUGCAUAAACCUAAAGGUUUUCCAGGUGUUCCUGUUGUACCUGUUGGAUUCUUGCAUAAAGCAAAAGGUUUCUCAAGUGUGUUUUGUCGCUUUAACAAGGAAGUUGUUCCAUCCUACAUUCUUCGUGGCGGUACAGAACAAUUCUCCCACCGUGUUCCAUCAUUCAAGACGACUGGAAUAGAAGCAGAAGGUGUGCCUCGAGAUGCUUAUGAGCUGGAUCCCGCGGCAUUACCUGAAAACAUCAAAGAGAUAGAUGUCCCUUUACAUCUACUGAUAGAGCCCGCAGUUGGUGAAGAUUACUUGCCCCGGCACUAUGGCAAGAUUCAGAAGAUCACAUUUAUUCAGGCGUUUGAUCAGGACCCUGUGGUUAAGUUGCAUAUAGGUCGGCUAAAGGCUAGAGCUAUCAAAGGCGUCAUCCAGUGGAUCGACAAGGAUAUGCCCUUCGGCUGUGGGAACUUCCGGGCGAAAAAAGUUCUCGAGAUAUUCACUGAUCUUAGCGUGUUUACACGUCAGAUAAGCACAGAGGCCACUGGAGAUGGAGGGAAUGAUUUCAGCAUCAUGCCCAAGACUGGUGAUGUCUGGGCUAUAUACAGAAACUGGAGUCGUGCAAUUGAAGUCGUUGAUCUGAAAUCUGAGACUUAUGAUCUUGUGGAAGUUCUUGAUGAUAAAGUGGACUACAAGGUUUUGCUGUUGGCUCCUGAAGGUGGCUUUAAAGUAGCUGAUUCUGCAGGUUUUGGUUCGGUGUAUAUGGCUGCUACUGAGCAUUGGAUUGAUGGCGCCGAUUUGAGAUUCACAAUACCGAAAUCUGAACUGCUCAGAUUCUCGCAUCAAGUUCCUACUUCGAAAGUAACCGAAGAGGUACAUGGAGCUGUGAAAGAAGUCUAUGAAUGUGUUGGUCUAAAGUUUAACGACUUUGAAAAGCUUAGAGAAGAAGCAAACUUUGCAGUUGGCCAGAUCUGGGCUCUCUAUGGUACAGCAGAUGGGGUUCCUAGGAAGUAUGCUCUGAUCAGAAAAGUCUCGAUUCCUUCUUUUGGGCUUAGGAUCACAUAUCUAGAGCCUGAUCCUGAUGGUGAGAAAGAGAUCCAAUGGUUUGAACAAGACUUGCCUGUUUCUGCUGGUAAGUUCAGACUUGGCAAAAGUCAGAACGUUACAGAUCGUUCAAUAUUCUCACAUGAUAUAGAUUGCAAUGAAGGAAGCAACACUGGUCAUAUAAUUGUUUCCCCAAGAAAAGGCGAGACUUGGGCUAUAUUCAAGAACUGGGACAUUAACUGGUCCUCAGAGCCAGAUUCUCACCGCAAAUGUGAGCACGAGUUUGUCGAGGUUUUGUCUGAUUACGCUGAUGGAGCUGGUGUAUCUGUUUCAUUCUUGCAUAAAGCAAAAGGCUUUGCAAGUGUUUUCUUUCGGAUGGGAUUUGGUGAUGCAGACAUAUUUCGUGUUUCACCUCACAGUUUGUAUCGAUUCUCCCACAGUGUUCCUUCCAUCAGACUGACUGGAACUGAAGGAAAAGGUGUGCCUAAAGAUUCUUACGAGCUGGACCAAGCGGCACUACCUGAAACAAUUGAAGAUAUGAUGGUGCCUUCUCAUAUACUACCAGGGCCUACCGUUUCUAAACCUCAGACAGUCUACUUUGUUAGCAAGGGGAACGUGUUUCAACCUGGCCAGAUUUGGUCGUUUUGUUGUGGUCAUGAGUAUCCUCUGUACUACGGUAGGAUUCAGAAGAUCACUUUUACUCAGGAACACGAGCAGGAGGCAGUAUAUAAACUACACGUAAAUCGGUUAAAGGCAACUCGUUUCUCUCUGGAUGUGAUCCAGUAUGACGACAAGGAAAUGCCAGUAGGUUGUGGGACUUUCCACGCGAGGAAAGUUGUCGAAACAAUCACUUCGGAUGACGUUUCGCUUCAGAUAGUGCCUGAAACCUCGACGGAUGGAAAUGAAUACACCAUUCUGCCCAAGAUUGAUGAUGUUUGGGUGAUUUACAGAUUCUGGAGUGAAUACAGGGAAUUCAGAAAGGUUGGAUUGUGCAGCUAUGACGUUGUUCAAGUUCUUGAUGACACUAUGGACUAUAAGGUGUUACUACUGGAGCGUGAGUCCAGUUCGGAUGAUGAUGAAGAAAAUAUACUCUUUCGGGAAGUUAAAGAGUACAAGAGUAACGAGAUCGAAGGCUCUGAACCGAUAUUUACGAUCCCAAACUCUGAAAGGCUCAGAUUCUCGCAUAAGGUUCCUGCUUCCCGUGUAACCAAGGAGAUACACGGAGUGGUAAAAGACCUUAUAGAAGUUGAUGCAGGAGCGUUGCCUUAUAACGUGACGCAUCCAGACUUGCGUGGAUUUUGUUAG